AUUUCAUUUAGAAUGUUUAAGUUGAAAUUCGUACUCGCUUUGUUUUCAAUAAUAGCCAUUGUUUGUAUCGAAAAAACACAAGGAAAAAUUUUUAAAAAAUGUGAACUUGCUCGGGCAAUGUAUCGUCUAGGCGUGCCCAAGUCUGAGCUUCGGGAUUGGGUUUGUCUGGCAAAAGGAGAAAGCAGUUACAAUACUAAAGCUAUCAAUCACAGCAAUUCAGAUGGCAGUAGUGAUUGGGGAAUUUUCCAAGUAAACGAUCGUUACUGGUGUAAGCCUUCGGACAGACGACAGCAAUCGGAGAAUAUUUGCAAAGUUUCUUGCAAUGAUUUGAUGCAAGACAAUAUUACCAAGGCAGUUAAAUGUGCUCGUGUAAUUAAAAAGGAACAAGGCUUCGAGGCAUGGGUUGCAUGGACAGGAAAAUGUCGAACUUAUAAACCAUCGAUCAAAGAGUGUUUUUAAAGAAGAAACGAAGUCGAAGUGCCAAACUUUUACAAUGAAAUCAGUAUUGCUGAAAACAGCUAGCUUAAUUUAAUAUAAUGUUCAACGAAUUUCACAAUUAAAUCCAUUUUGUUGCAAACAGCUGAGCGGAAAGAUAUAAAACCAAUGGGAACAAAUUGAACAAAAUUACGAAAAAUAAAUUAUUCUUUUAUACAACUUAUC